UAGCCGACAAUAUCCGGAAGUGUAGUGUAAUGUACGGCAGACAACGGUUGCGGCUCUGUACCUCUCACACGCGAGGUCUUUAGUGGACAGUCUCAACAUUUGCCUCUAGUUUAACUUGGUUCACCUAUCACUAUGUCCGUUUUGUGUUAUAAUAAGGGAUGUGGACAGCGAUUUGAUCCAGAAAAUAACCCAGACGAUGGCUGCACCUAUCAUCCAGGAGUCCCAGUAUUCCACGAUGCAUUGAAGGGAUGGUCCUGCUGCAAGAGAAGAACUACUGACUUCUCAGAUUUCCUCAGCAUUGUUGGCUGUACAAAAGGUCCCCACAAUAAGGAGAAGCCCCCUGAGCCGGUGAAACCAGAUGUGACAUCAUCAGGAGAAAAGAAGGACACAGAUGACCAAAAACCAAAGUUUAAUGAGUACAUCAUUUCCGCACCAAAACCUCAGGAGGCGAUACAGCGACCAAGUGCUGAUGAGCCAAUGGUGAGACUGCAGCAUAAAGUUUCUGGUUCUCUGAAGCAGGCUCUGGAGAAGCUGAAGCUUUCUGAAAAUGCAGCCGAGACAAAAGAGGAAGACAGUGACGAGAUCAAGAUCGGAACUUCCUGUAAAAAUGGAGGAUGUACUAAAAGUUUUGAUGGACCUGCGAGUGAUUCAGAUGUGUGCUCAUACCACCCCGGAGUUCCUAUCUUCCAUGAAGGGAUGAAAUACUGGAGCUGCUGUAAGAGAAAAACCUCUGACUUUAACACCUUCCUCUCUCAAGAGGGCUGCAGCAAGGGAACACAUCUAUGGAGGAAAAAAGAUGCAGGUAAGAAAGUAGUUCCAUGUCGAUUUGACUGGCACCAGACAGGAGCGCAGGUCAUCAUCUCUAUCUACGCCAAGAACGCCGUCCCAGAGUUGAGCUACGUGGAUGCAAACAGCACCACGCUCAACAUCCAUAUUAUAUUUGAUGGAGAGAAAGAAUUUGACCAGAAAAUCAGCUUGUGGGGAGUGAUAGAUGUGAGUAAAAGUAUAGUGAACAUGAUGGCCGCCAAGAUCGAGGUAGCCAUGAAGAAGUCCGAGGCCAUGUCAUGGGCUCGUCUGGACCUUCCUGUACCCGUCACGGCACCCAAGGAGAACGAGAAGAAAAAAGAGGAGACUGAUAGUGAGGAUGAAGACGAAUGAUGAGGAAUUAAAAUAAAAACAUACUGUUUAUUUUAGCCGAAUCCACACAGUCCAUUCCUCACUUCUUUAAAGAGGCUCCUGUUUUGGCUUUGGGAUGUCACAGUGUUUCCUCUUUCAACUUUACCAUUCAACAUACUUGUUUUUGCCUGUUUUUCUUACGUUUCGGUUGUUUUCACUUAAGUCCUGAAUUUGGGAGGGGUGGGGCUUUGACUUUUUGUAGACUUGUCAAACAAUGAUACGCCUGUUAAUUGAACUGAAUUCCCCUGGAAAACGACCCCGCACAACUCAUGUGGAAAACUCACAUCAAGUAGUCAUUAUUGACCACGUUUGUGACCAUCUUUCAACGUUAUUUGGGAAAAGACUCAUUCCAGCCUUCAGUUUCAUAAAUUGCAUAAAUUGUUUCUUUGUGAUGUCCACAUCAGUCAAAAUGCUGUCUUCGCAAAUAUACCACUUUGAUGAUGAAGCUGCUCGCCGUAGUUGUAGUAGGGAAAGAAAAACUGUCCACAUUUGUAUAAUAUGGAAUUUAUUCUGAAUAAACUGUAAUAAGAAGUA